AUGUACAACACACCUCCUCAUCUCGCCCCUUCUCGCCGUCUUUCCCACCGCCUCUCUACCUGGCGCGCUCCUAGCUUCGACGAAGCCCUCAACAGCCUUGUCUUCUCUCGCGGCAAUCGCCAAAUACUCUUCUUCUGCCUUGGUUUCUUGUGUCCGCUUUUUUGGAUGAUCGCAGCAUUCCUUCCAUUGCCACAUAGGCCUAUGGAAACCACCAUGACCAACCUUGAGUCCACCCAGGAUAUUCCCGAGCUCGAAGGCGAAAAGACCGAUUACCCUCAUGGUUUGCAAGCCGAAUUGAGAAACUGGAAUCUAGAGCGCAGAUACCUCAAGGCUCGAUGGUGGAGAAACCUCAACCGUAUAAUGAGUUUUGUGGGAGUCGCUCUGAUUGGCGCCAUCAUCGCUCUCGCUGUCGUCGCCUCCAAGUAG